AUGGAUAGUUCUCCAAGUUGUGAGGAAAACGGUCUCAAAAAAGGGCCCUGGACUCCUGAAGAGGAUGAAAAGCUUAUCCAACACAUCCAGAAACAUGGCUUUGGAAGUUGGAGAGCCCUUCCCAAGCUUGCAGGUCUCAACAGAUGUGGCAAAAGCUGCAGGUUAAGAUGGACAAAUUACUUGAGGCCUGAUAUCAAGAGAGGCAAAUUUUCUCAAGAUGAGGAGCAAACAAUUCUUCAUCUUCAUUCCAUCCUUGGAAACAAAUGGUCAGCAAUAGCAACACAUUUACCGGGAAGAACAGACAACGAAAUCAAGAAUUUCUGGAACACCCAUUUGAAGAAGAAGCUAAUCCAAAUGGGUUUUGAUCCAAUGACCCAUCAGCCGAGAAUCGACCUCUUUUCCAGCUUGCCUCAUCUUAUGGCCUUGGCUAACUUCAAAGAUCACCUUCUGAAGCAUCAUCCAUUAAUGGACCUUCAACUCCUCCAAAGUUUGCUUCUCCAAUCCAGCUACGUCCAGCAGAUCGAAAACGACGUCGUUGCGGAUCAUGAUCAUGUGGAUAACCCGUUUUCAAACUUGAUGUCACAAGUACUAGUGGGAAAUCCAAGCUUAUUUUCUCAUCAUCAUGAAAAUUAUUAUUAUGAUAAUACUAGUACCACUUCUCCUCAACCACUCCACCAAUAUCCAGCCCUAUUAUCUCACCUAGACCCACAAAAAGUCCCUCUCAGUUUUCAACCAUCUUUGAAUAGUGAUCAUCACGAACAUGAUCAAAAUAUUAUGGGCCAGCAGCUAGGUAAUUCUGAGAGCUUUACUACAAAUAUGGUUAGUAAUGAUCUGCAAGGAGAUUACCCACCUGAUCAUGAUCAUCAUGAUCAUGACUCAUCAUCUACAUGGUUUAUUCCACCUCUUUCUCCUUCAAAUAUUCUUCCAAAUUUAACUCAUCAUGAGGCGUUAAUGUGCAAUAAUAUUAUAAUUCCAGGAGAUUCCACAAGCAUUACUAGUACUAUGUCUAGCUAUGGACGUCCAAGUAGUAGUACUACUACUAAUUAUAUUUCGCAUUCGCCUACUGAACUUUUUCUAGAUGAUCCCACUAUGCAUUAUAACUAA